UGCCUUUUUGUAGUGUAUAAAUGGUCACACUCAUCUAUUACUUCCCCUUCACUCCCUUCUCACAUUCCCUGUAAUAAGCACAGAUUCCACUGGUAAUGGCCACAACAACCGAUAAAGCGGUGGUGGAGACAGUUAUUGCCGGAAAUUAUGUCGAAAUGGAGGCCGGCGGCAACCCCAACACCGUCAAAUCCAAGCUCUCCAAGCUCUUCUGGCAUGGCGGCUCUGUUUAUGACGCCUGGUUUAGCUGUGCUUCAAAUCAGGUUGCUCAAGUUCUGCUUACUCUGCCCUACUCGUUUUCCCAACUGGGAAUGCUGUCUGGAGUUCUGUUUCAGCUCUUUUAUGGCUUGCUUGGUAGCUGGACUGCCUAUUUGAUUAGUGUACUCUAUGUUGAAUAUAGAACUAGAAAAGAAAGGGAAAAAGUUGAUUUCAGAAACCAUGUCAUUCAGUGGUUUGAAGUUCUUGAUGGGUUGCUUGGAAAGCAUUGGAGGAAUGUGGGUUUGGCUUUUAAUUGCACUUUUCUUCUGUUUGGAUCUGUCAUUCAGCUAAUAGCUUGUGCAAGUAAUAUCUAUUAUAUAAACGACAACCUAGACAAGAGGACUUGGACAUAUAUCUUUGGAGCUUGCUGUGCCACCACUGUGUUCAUUCCUUCCUUUAGAAACUACAGAAUUUGGUCUUUUCUUGGUCUUUUGAUGACUACUUACACUGCUUGGUACCUCACUAUUGCCUCCAUUCUUCAUGGACAGGUGGAGGGAGUUAAGCACUCUGGUCCAACUAAGUUGGUGCUUUACUUCACUGGGGCUACGAACAUUCUUUACACAUUUGGUGGACAUGCUGUUACUGUGGAAAUCAUGCACGCAAUGUGGAAGCCACAGAAAUUCAAGGGAAUCUACUUGGUAGCAACAGUGUAUGUCCUAACACUGACACUCCCAUCAGCAGCCGCCGUGUAUUGGGCAUUUGGAGACAUGCUUCUUAAUCACUCCAACGCCUUCUCCCUCCUCCCAAGAUCGCCCCUCAGAGACAUGGCUGUCAUCUUGAUGCUCAUCCACCAGUUCAUCACGUUUGGAUUUGCUUGCACUCCGCUCUACUUUGUGUGGGAGAAAGCCAUUGGAAUGCACGAAUGUAAGAGCUUGUGUAAAAGGGCAGCUGCGAGAUUGCCUGUGGUCAUUCCUAUCUGGUUUUUGGCUAUAAUCUUCCCUUUCUUUGGUCCUAUUAACUCCACCGUUGGAUCUCUCCUUGUUAGCUUCACAGUUUACAUCAUCCCUGCUUUAGCUCACAUGUUCACCUUCCGAUCGUCUGCUUCCCGUGAGAAUGCAGUGGAGCAACCUCCAAGGUUCACCGGAAGAUGGGUCGGAGCCUACGUGAUCAACGCAUUCGUGGUCGGUUGGGUAUUGGUCGUUGGGUUCGGAUUCGGAGGGUGGGCUAGUGUGACCAACUUCAUACAUCAAAUCGACACAUUCGGGCUUUUCACCAAGUGUUACCAAUGCGCUCUCCCACCAUCAUCGACAGUAAACGCCACGGCACCACCACCGCAGCACCACCAUCAUCCCGGUAACCAUUAAUGAUUGAAGGGAGCAGAAUCAUGGUAUUGUUGAGGUUAAGGAAAGGAUGAUUGGGAUGUGUUUUCUUUGCUCGUACUGCAGCUUUUGGUUUGAUUAGAAAAGAGGGGAAAAUUCAGAGUUGGCGAAUGUCGCUCUUUUUCAUCCAAAAUAGUACCAUUUUCCUUAUCAUUCUGUCUCUUUACUUCGGCGUUGGGGCCUCCUCUCACUUUAUGGUACCUAAAAGAGGAAGCCUCAGACAUUUUUGCACUCAA